AAGCUGAGCUGCUCCAAUAUAAGUCUCCUAUAUAUUUCUCACCCUCUACACAUUCCUAUACAAAAAACCCCAUGCUUUUUUGAAACCUCAACUUACAAAUAUUUCUGUUUCUCUUUCUCACACAUAAUUUCUCUACCUUCCUACGAGUAACUCAACAAAAGGGCAUCAAAUCAAAAUGGUUAAUGAAAAUGGAGAAAACGGGGUGACAAAGUACUCGAACGGACACCAUACGACGUCGUCAGAGCUAAAAGUGAAGCGAGUAGGGGAACCAACUUUGAUAGAACCAGCAGAAGAGACACCAAAAGGUUUAUACUUGCUUUCAAAUUUAGACCAAAACAUAGCUGUGAUUGUCCGUACAAUAUAUUGCUUCAAAUCAGAAGAGAAAGGAAAUGAGUUAGCAUGGGAUGUCUUAAAAGAGGCUCUUUCAAAGGUGUUGGUGCAUUAUUACCCUUUAGCAGGACGACUUACUAUCAGCCCUCAAGGGAAGCUCAUUGUAGAGUGCACCAAUGACGGAACACAAGGCGCUGUUUUCGUGGAGGCUGAGGCUGAUUGUAGGAUGGAUGAAAUGGGUGACUCUACUAAGCCUGAUCCUAUCACUCUUGGAAAAUUGGUUUAUGAUAUUCCUGCUGCUAAGAACAUACUUGAAAUUCCUCCCCUUGUUGCUCAGGUGACAAAGUUCAAGUGUGGAGGGUUUGCACUAGGUCUAUGCAUGAACCACUGCAUGUUUGAUGGGAUUGCAGCCAUGGAAUUCGUCAACUCGUGGGGCGAAACAGCACGAGGAUUAUCCCUUAACAUAUCCCCUUUCUUAGACAGGACUAUCCUUAACUCCCGAGAUCCACCUAAGGUUGAGUUUAAACACCAAGAAUUCGAGGAAAUUGAUGAUAUUUCAGGAAGCAGUGAUCUAUACAAUGAAGAAAUGCAAUACAGAUCCUUCUGUUUUGAUCCAAAUCAUCUUGAUAACUUAAAAUCAAAAGCAAUGGAAGAUGGAACAACCUUAAAGAAAUGCACCACUUUUGAAGCAUUAUCAGCAUUUGUAUGGAGGGCAAGAAGCAAAGCACUUGAGAUGAAACCAGAUCAAAAGACAAAGCUACUUUUUGCAGUUGAUGGGAGAUCUAAGUUUAACCCUCCUUUACCAAAAGGUUACUUUGGGAAUGGAAUUGUUCUUACUAACGCGAUAUGUACAGCAGGGGAACUGGUAAACAAUCAUCUUAGUUAUGGUGUUGAACAAGUUCAGAAGGCUAUUAAAAUGGUUACUGAUGAUUACAUGAGAUCUGCUAUUGAUUACUUUGAAACAACAAGGGCAAGGCCUUCUUUGAGUUCUACUUUACUUAUUACAACUUGGUCAAGGUUGUCUUUCCAUACUACUGAUUUUGGGUGGGGGGAACCUGUUUUAUCAGGUCCUGUUGCAUUGCCUGAGAAAGAAGUUAUACUGUUUCUGUCUCAUGGAAAUCAGAGGAAAUCUAUCAAUGUGCUCUUGGGAUUGCCUGCUUCUGCUAUGAAAAGCUUUGAACAUCAGCUGCAACAGAUCUGAUUAUAAUAUUAUAUUAUUAUAACAUACAUUUGCUGUAUUGAAUCAUCAUCACUACUAGCUAUUAUUAUUAUUAUUAUUACAUUGUUUGUUCAGUAUUGGUAGAGUAUCAUCCUAUUGUUUGCCCAUUGUUAAAUACAGACUACUUAAAUUACUACUAUUGAAUUUUUAGGUCAUUUUAAUUUCAUGGAAAAUGUUGCGAGUGACCCAACAA